AUGCUUCGGGCAGCCGCGAGGAUUCCACCGGAGCUUUCUGUGCCCGUCCUUGCCGCGGUGGCGUUGGCCUUGCGUCAGCAGAAGGCGCAGGAGGCGUCUCCAGCGCCUGCUUUCGCUGUUGCCACCCCAGAGGACCUCGAAGAGGUGACGGAGGCGCCGCCGCCCCGCUGGCGUUCGCUCCGUGCUUGCCGGGACCAGGGCAUACAGGCGGGAGAUCCUUGGAUCGAGCUUGCAGACGAAGGACCACCACCGCAGCAGGAGCCGACUCCGGCUCCUCCGCCGACAGAUACCAAGGCCGAGGACACAGAGGAGGAGGGGGAUGCGCCGAUGCCAGUCGCAGAGCACAGGUUCCUCGACAUCGACCCGCCUGUGGAUGCCGCGGCCUCCGGAAUGGCGGCCUUGAGGAAAAUCUUUGAGGAGGCAGCGGCCCUGUCUGACUGGCAGCCUCGGGCAUCCGAAGAGCAGGCGACGAAGGCGAAGAUCGUGGAGGAAGUCGCCCAGCUCAUCGGCCAACUGGAGAGUUCGGUUCUGGAUGUGCUCCUGGAAGACAGCUCCGAGGGCCUUUCAGAGACAGCACCGGAGCUGGAGCCAAGCUUUCAUGGCUUCACUGCCGCAGACAUGGAUAAGAAAUUCCAGGUGAGCUUAGUCGGGCUAAGUGCAGAGCACACCUUGAAAGAGAUCCUGGCCACGCUGCAGAGUACGUACUCCGGCUCCGUCGGGAUCGAGUACAUGCAUAUCGGAGAUCUCCAGAAGAUUGAUUGGAUCCGACAGCGGGUGGAAGAUCCAAACUUCAUUCCCUCUGACAAAAACAAGCUCCUGAAGGUGUACAAGGAGCUCUUGAAAGUCGACACCUUCGAAAUGUUCCUGAACACACAGUACAAGACAACAAAACGCUUCGGCGUCGAUGGCGGCGAAGCUGCAGUGGCUGGCGUCAAUGCCGCCAUCGAGAAGGCUGCGACGCUGGGCAUGUCCGAGUGCGUCAUCGGCAUGCCACAUCGUGGCCGGCUCAAUGUCCUCACCAACGUGGUGCGCAAGCCUUUGGUGCAGAUGUUCGCAGAGUUUAAGGGCACCCAUUACGACUUCGAAAGGAUCGUGGAGAAGAGCGAUGAGGACGACUGGCUCUUCGCCGGCGAUGUGAAGUACCACCUUGGCACCUCACAGGUCUUCAGCUUCGAAGGGGGCAAGACGAUCACGGCCACCCUCGAGGCCAACCCCUCCCACUUGGAGACCGUCAACACCGUCACGCUCGGUCGUGCUCGAGCAAAACAGUACUACUUAGGCAACACGGCAGAGUCUCGAACUCGAGUUCUUCCCAUCCUCUUCCAUGGCGAUGCAUCCUUCGCCGGUCAGGGCGUCGUCUAUGAGACCAUGCAGCUGGCCCACGUGCAGGAGUUUGACGUGGGUGGCACCAUCCACGUCAUCAUCAACAACCAGGUGGGCUUCACCACGGACCCUGUGGAUGACCGGUCCACCUUGUACACCUCUGACCUCGGCACUUCAGUCAAAUUCAAAUUCGAGAGUUGGAGAAUCAUCCCCGUCCGAAGUCCUGCAUUCCAGUCACGGGGUUCUUCGUCCCAAGACAGCAGCAAAGCAUUCGGUGUCCGUGUGUUUCACUUAUUCCAGCAGUGGCAGUUGCAUGUGGGCUUGUACGGGAUGGAGCUGAUGCUCAGGGUGGCUUUGGAGGUCUUGCGAAAGCAGGACAAGAAGUUUUCCGGGCUCUUUUGCGUCAGACAAUGGUUCGAGCCUGUGCUUUGCAACUGA